AGACCACAGUUGUGCCCUGCUCAGGACUCUGGCUGUACACUCACCCUCUGCAGUGCAUGUCUGCUCCUGCUGCUGUCAUGUGGCUCCUGCAUCUUAUGCUUGUGACCGAGGAGCACACAAGGAGCACACUCAACCAGUGAGAAAUGGGAAGUGUAUUGGAAAUGAGAAACUAAACAUCAGCCAUAUGUGAGUAAUGGAUUGUUUGUCUGCUGCAAGGGCAGGGGAUGCAUAUUAUAAUGCUUUCCAAUUACAGUGUAGCCAUGACAUUGAUUUCUUUAUUUUGUAACUAACUUAAGCUGUUCGUUAUGUACUGUAUGACCCCAAAUUUUGUUUUGGGAUAUUGAUGCGUUCAUGGAAAGCCCAGCCACCAAAAAAGCAAAAGGUUAAAAAUGGUUCUUGUUUUGCCUAGGCCAACCUGAACAAAAAGCUCUUCUUGGUAAGUGUAUUCAUGAGACACAGAACAGAAAGUUGCUUGUCUGGGGUUUUUGGUAGUUAUCUUCCUGUAAGACCAAAGCUUGGGCCGCAGUUUUACUGCUGUGCUUUGUCCUUGCAUAGUUGUACGUGCAUAAUAUAUUUUAUAUUUUAACUACUUCAUUUAUUUUGUAUGAAACGGUUGACUGUAACUGAGUGGAUGUGUAACGCAACAAGCAUUUUCAAUUGUUUAUACAUGCUAUUGCACAUACUUCCUUUAGAUACUUGUCAUAUAUGCAGAGAUGGUCUCAUAACGAAGUGCUAAGAGCCUUGUGAUGAAUUCUGGAGUGGGACAUGGUGUAGAUUGUUGGUAGACACUCAUGGAUUACCAUUGGUGGGCUUUAUAGAACAUCUGACACUGAUGGACAAGACUCAAUCAUUCCACCUCCUCAUUGGUCAAUGGAUGGGCUGUUUUUGUUUUUUAAAUUGCUUUCAUGUCUUUGAGCGAUGCCUUUGCAUUAAUGCAAGUAAAACAUUCCUGUCUUGGAAGGAGUGACCUGCCUCCCCCUUUUCCCAGUUACACUGCUGAAACUUUGCCAGCUUGCAGCAUGCAGUGAGUUUAACUCAGUCACAAACCAAAGAAAACUUUCUAAGCCAAAAGUGUGUCAUCGUUGUUCAUAUUUGAUUCCCAUGGUUCUGCUGGGCUUCACUGGUGUAUUCUUGAGGAAACUUAGCAUGAACUUGCAAGCUUAGCCUGUGCUGCUUUCAUGACUAGAAAAACUACUUAAUGUGAUGUCAUUUCAGCAACUUCUGGAUUCCUGACAGUUUUAGCAGCUUUUUAUACUCAUCUACCUAUGAAUAUGUCUGUAUGUGGUUCUUAGGGUAAAAUAUGUCUCAUGUAGCCUUCAUAUAGUGUUUCUAGUAGAAAGAGAGGUGGAUUAAGCGUGCAAUCUGUUCAUUCCAUCAUUCAUAAAAUGUAGAGUUUUCAGUAGUCAAUGCUAUGUUCCAGUCUACCUUAUAUUUUAUAGUAGUGAUAUGUAGAGACAGGUGAUCCUGUAAGACAUCUUGACUGUCUCAGGCCGUAUGGAGUUUCUUUUAUCCCACCUUGGGAUAAAAGCACAAGCAGAACAGAAAUACAUUGGAACUUUUUAGAUGUCUUUGUGCAUAAAUCCAGGUGUGCUGGUAUGUAACGUACGUAUGUUUCCUUUCGUUGAGCCCCACCAAUAACAUUUAAAUGACUGCAAAUGCUAGUUUUAUUCUAAAUGUGUAAUUUAGAUGAGAAAUAUCAAAGCAGCACAGAGAAGUAGUUGAGUGAGAAAACGAAUAUAUCGAGUUCCUACUUUGUGCUGCAGUCAGCUUUACAUUGUUAUGCCCACUAGAGGGACUGUUGCUUAUACUACCCAUUGCAGAAAGCAGAGUCAUGCAGUCCCUCGAGUAUUUUUUAAGCAACUUUAAAGCUUUGAAUGACUGAUUGCAGUUAAAUGCUCUGAAGGAAGAAAACAUGAAAGGAUGCAGGAAGUCCUGAAUGACCGCAAUGAAUACCUGUGAUCAUUAAGUCACUGCCUGAGUACUGGGAGAGAGCAAGAUAUCCAGAUUUCUAGAAAGCAGAAAUGACCAUGACUGCCAACAAGAAUGCCAAUAUCAACAGCAGAGCUGGAGGGAGUAAAGUGCCUCGGGACAGUCUGGAUAGGUGUCAGUCAGUCUCUCCACCGCCUCUUUUGUCCCCGCCAAGAAGCCCAGCCUACCCGCUCAGUGACAGCGAGGACUCUUGCCACUCCACGCGUCUCACCAAGGCCUCUGGCUCCCGGCUGCGCCUCAAGGACUGGAGCAGCCGCACAUCCGCGCUGCACAGCACCUCCACCAGCCCAUCAGACACUGAUUCUCCCAGCCACCCUCUCAAAGCCGUCAGCGUGGGAGCUUUGGAUAAAAGGCUGUCUGUGUUCAAGGCGGAGGACCAAAAGGAGAGCCCGAAGGAGGCUCAGGAUGGGGAUGCAAUAGGGAGCCAUCCUCUGGCCCGGAGCACUCUGUCCCUAGGCACUGCUGUGAACCUGAGGAACCUAUCCCUCAGCCGGACGAGCGUCCGCUCCCAGGUGCUGGACAUCAGGCAGAAGAUCACAGAAUGGGAGUGUCGUCGGGAGCCGUCUCCCAGGAUGAGCACAUGUGUGGACAAGAGGGAUGCUGGGGAGAGGUCGGGCAGUGAGAGCUGCCCUAGCGUGCUGACCUCUCCUUGCAGCGACAAGACGUUUGAUUUUAAAGGGUUCAGAAGAAUGAGCCGAACGUUUUCUGAGUGUUCUUACCCAGAAACAGAGGAGGAGGAACUGCUGGACAGGGAUUCCUGCCAUCGGGUGGAAAAGAGACCAGGCAGGAGCGACCUUCCUUCUGCCGCUUUUCUCAAGGGCCACAUGAGGAAAGAGUCCUCUGCUGUGCUCAACAGAAUACAGAAGAUCGAGCAAGCACUAAAAGAGCAGCCUGGCAGGGGCCUCCCCCAGUUACCGAGCAGCUGUUACAGUGUCGAUAAAGGGAGGAAAAAGUCUCUGAGUGCAGUGGAGGGACUGAGUGAAAACCUAAGUAAUAGCAAAGGAGGGAGCGUUAUUUUGGGGAGUGAACCAGAAACACCUACCGAGGCUGAGAUAAGCAGUAAGACAAAGCAGGGAGUUACCUCAAACUCUGCCGACCCUAAACUGCUUCUUGAAAGCUCAGCGAACGCUGUGGUGAAUCCUGUCCCCAAGCCCAAACGCACCUUUGAGUACGAAGCGGACAAAACCCACAAAAGUAAACCAAGCAAUGGCCUACCUCCAUCUCCAACGCCUGCUGCUCCUCCUCCCCUCCCGUCCACCCCUGCACCCCCAGUGACCAGACGGCAGAAGAAAGACUCACGCUUUCACAGAAAAUCCCAGAAUAGAAAAUCCUUUGAGUUUGAGGAUGCGUCAAGUCUGCAGUCAUUGUACCCUUCCUCCCCAACUGAAAAUGGGACUGAGAGCCAGCAUAAAUUUGGAUCUAAGAGCACUUUAGAAGAAAAUGCCUAUGAAGACAUUGUAGGAGAGUCAUCCAAGGAAAACCCGUAUGAGGAUGUGGAGCUGAAGGGCCGUCACGCGGGCCGAAAAUCCCAUCAGCUCUCCGAGAACUCCCUAGAUUCUUUGCACAGGAUGUGGACUCCGCAGGACAGGAAAUACACAUCACCUCCCCAGCUACCUUCAAAGCCCAGCAGCCAGUCUCUGCGCGUUGGGAACUGGUCAGAAAGGAAGACCCACCGCUUACCACGGCUACCCAAGCGGCACAGCCAUGAUGAUAUGCUGCUGCUGGCUCAGCUUGGCAUUCCCUCCUCCCCCUCCAGCCUUAAUGAGGACAGUCUGAGUACUGCAAGUGAGCUGCUGUCUACACGCCGGGCCAGGAGGAUCCCAAAGCUUGUCCAGAGAAUCAAUUCCAUCUACAGUGCAAAAAGAGGGAAAAAACGAUUGAAGAAACUUUCUAUGUCCAACAUUGAGACUGCAUCCCUGAGAGAUGAGAACAGUGAGAGUGAGAGUGACUCAGAUGACAGGUUUAAAGCUCAUACCCAGCGCCUAGUGCAUAUCCAGUCAAUGCUGAAGAGAGCACCGAGUUAUCGAACCCUGGAACUGGAGCUCAUUGAAUGGCAGGAACGGGAGUUAUUUGAGUAUUUUGUGGUAGUAUCACUGAAAAAGAAGCCCUCUAAAAACACUUACCUCCCAGAAGUGACCUAUCAGUUUCCCAAGCUAGAAAGGCCAACCAAGCAAAUGCGUGAAGCAGAGGAGCGUCUCAAGGCCAUCCCUCAGUUCUGCUUUCCUGAUGCUAAAGACUGGCUCCCUGUCUCUGAAUACAACAGUGAGACUUUCUCUUUCAUGCUGACUGGGGAAGAUGGGAGCCGGAGGUUUGGCUAUUGCAGGAGGCUGUUGCCAAGUGGAAAAGGGCCGCGCCUACCUGAAGUCUAUUGUGUCAUCAGCCGCCUGGGGUGCUUUGACUUAUUCUCUAAGAUCCUGGAUGAAGUUGAGAGGAGAAGGGGCAUAUCUGCUGCUUUGGUUUAUCCAUUUAUGAGGAGUUUGAUGGAAUCUCCUUUUCCUGCACCUGGAAAGACAAUCAAAGUCAAAACCUUUCUGCCUGGAGCUGGCAACGAGGUCAUUGAGCUGCGGCGGCCCAUGGACUCGCGUCUGGAACACGUGGACUUCGAAUGCCUUUUCAAGUGCCUCAGUGUGCGUCAGAUCAUCAGGAUCUUCGCUUCUCUCCUCUUGGAGCGGCGCGUGAUUUUUGUAGCAGACAAACUCAGCACCCUCUCAAGCUGCUCACACGCCGUGGUGGCCCUGCUGUACCCCUUCUCCUGGCAGCACACCUUCAUCCCUGUUCUGCCCUCGUCCAUGAUUGACAUCGUGUGCUGCCCUACGCCCUUCCUGGUGGGGCUGCUUUCCAGCUCUCUGCCCAAGCUGAAGGAGCUGCCUGUGGAGGAGGCUUUGAUGGUUAACCUGGGAUCGGAUCGAUUCAUCAGACAGAUGGAUGAUGAAGACACACUAUUACCUAGAAAGCUGCAAGCUGCUCUGGAGCAGGCUCUAGAGAGAAAGAAUGAACUGAUAAAUCAAGACUCAGAUAGUGAUUCAGAUGAUGAAUGUAACACCCUGAAUGGAUUAGUGUCUGAGGUUUUUAUCCGGUUCUUUGUGGAGACAGUUGGCCACUAUUCCCUGUUCCUAACCCAGAAUGAAAAAGGAGAGCGUGUCUUCCAAAGGGAGGCAUUCCGUAAAUCCGUGGCCUCCAAGAGCAUCCGCCGCUUCUUGGAAGUGUUCAUGGAAUCCCAAAUGUUCGCUGGUUUCAUCCAGGACAGAGAACUGAGAAAAUGCAGGGCGAAAGGUCUCUUUGAGCAGAGGGUUGAACAGUAUUUGGAAGAGCUUCCGGACACGGAACAAAGUGGAGUGAACAAGUUUCUGCGAGGCCUUGGAAAUAAAAUGAAGUUCCUCCACAAGAAGAACUGAUCCCUUUCUGCUGAACCACCAACCCAAAGACUACGUAUGGCACUGUGCUUGGGACACCUGCAGCUGCACACCUUGAUGUGGGAGGGUGAAGGAAGCCGACUGCAGCUUUGAGUGAUUGCCCGCGCUGUUACAGAGCAUCAUUUGGAUGGAAUUUGUAAAUACCGUGCUGUAAGCUUUUGUAACUGAUUUUGUAAGGAGCAAAGAAAACUGUGGUAAAUAUUUGUAUAUUCCUGAGAAUAACAGGUGCUUUCUUAGUAUGAGUCAAGUUAUGCUUGGUGCAAAGGUGAGUAGCUGACUGCAUGCAGCUCUCAGCAGAACCACUGACUUCAGGGGAUGUUUGUGAGAACUACACUGAUGCCUGAGUACUGCGGUAACAAAUGGACCUGCGGGUCCAUGGCAGAGGUUGUGUGUGCGAGGGCUGGCUUCGUGUGGCGGAGUUGGUAUGGUUUUUUUCCUACUUUUCUUUCUCAUUAAUUUUAAAAACGAAAUAAGAAAGUAACUUGAUAAUAAGGUACUUGGUUCACAAUACAAAGCUUCCACUUGGUUUGAACGCUGGUCAGUAAACUCCUUGUAAUCCAUUCUGCACUAAGACUGCUAACUGUGAGGAGAGCUCCAUUCUUUGACAUGCAAGCUGCAACGUGUAGGUACAGUACGUCCUUUCCUCAUGUAUGUAUGUAUGGUUCCCAAUAAACCGUGUAAAUAUACCUGUUUUAUAGUCUUUGUGUACUUCUGAUGCUUUGUGGGUACAGAAGCAGAGGAACUUGUGAAUGUGAAUUUGCAAUUAAAAUACAAAAUGGUUGUUAC